UAUAUGUCCUUACAACGCACAGAUAGAUGGAUAGAUAAAGCAACAAUCCGCCCCUGUUGGGCCAAGUAAAAAACGAAACCAAAAAUGAUGCAUUUAUUCUUUGCUUGGUUUCGUUUUCAAGAAACACAGAGUGUGGCUGUAGUGAAGCGCGGUGUGCGAUACCAGCCAGUGCUGAUGGAGUCUGAUCAUGGAUGAGGAGCUUGACCCUGACGAUGGAAAUGUGAACUCCAUCUUGACUCAGGAAUACUCAGAGCUGCUCCGCAUCCUUUGCUGUCAGUCGGACUCAGUCAUAACGCAGCUUGGCCAAACAAUGCCAAAUGAUGCCAUGUGGUUUAACAGACAAGCAACCGCUGGCUCUGCUGCAGCAUCAGAUUACAUUAAAGCCAUGCUGGAGUACUUCAGACACACCAACACUGCAGAAUGCAGCGACUUCCUUCAGAGUGUCUGUCUUCUGUGCGAAGGCAUUCCCAUGCAUCUUGAGUCGAAGAUUGUGUCUGUGGCCGGAAAUGCAUGCAAUGCUACUUCCAGUGGGACGGAUCAGCAACCUUUAGUGUCGCCUGCAGAGGAGCAGCUCCCCAAACGCCCACGGAUUGAUUACUGGGAGCAGUACAAGAGUGAAGUGGCAUGUUUACUGCAGACAAGGUGGAAGCGACUGUCAGAGGGCCUGGUGAAGGACGUGCAGCCGGACAAAAUUUGGGUCAGCAUAAGAACUGCAAACAGAGUCAAGGACAGACCCGAUCAGACACCCAGCUCUACAGAAAGAGGCAGUAGAACACCAGAGCCAGAUGGUGAUUACGGGUGGCCAGAAUCCAGGCUGACUUUGGAGAGCUUUCUGCAGGGAUGUGCAGGAAAAGUGACAGUUCUUGCUGGCCAAGCUGGAUCAGGAAAAACUCUGCUAAUGUCCUGUCUUGGGCACCAGUGGGCUGUAGGAUUAGGCCCUAUCCCUUCAUCCCACCUGUUUGUCCUGCUGGAGUUUCGCCAGCUCAACCUCCUGUCCUCCCCUCUUUCCCUGUCUGAGCUGCUGUUUCACCACUACCUCCCACCUAAUUGGGACAAUGAUGCAAAGCAAGCCAUUGUGGACUACCUCCUUUCCAAUCCAGAGCAGAGCUGUUGGGUGCUGGAUGGCUAUGAUGAGUUUCAGGAAAAACUAAAGAGACAGAACGUUCGGAAUGAGCUGUUGGACAUAGAAAAGCCUCUGCCUGUCGCAGACCUCAUCUCUGGGUUGUUGAACCGUCGACUUCUUGCAGGAAGCACCGUGUUGGUCACAUGUCGCCUACGCGAUGUUAUAGAUUUGGACGGUUUGUCGGACAAAGUGGGGCAGUUGCUGUCGUGGGACCACCAUGAAAUCAAGGAGUAUGUCAACAGCUUCUUUGGUGUAAAAGAUGGAAAUCUUGGAGCAGAUGCAGCAGACGUUCUUUUCUCCAGUCGACAUCUCCUUGCCAUGUCCACCCUCCCUGCCCUCUGCAACAUCUGUUGCAUCUUUCUGCAACAUUUACUGCACCAACGCAGAGAUACAGAAGAAAACAAGAUGCUGGAAAAAAACGGAGCUGAAGCAACAAAAAAAGAUCUAGAAAUAGGAGAGAGUCAACCACAAAGAUCACUAUCAAGCACAUUAACACAAAUCCCUGCAACCCAGACUCAGAUCUACCUCACUGCUGUUGCUGCAUUUCUUAGCCAACACCCUCACCAAAGAGGAGGAAAUGACAGGCCAGAGACCUCAGGAUUUCCUCAGAGUACUGAGUUUGCAUGGAGUGCUCUGCAUUCGGCUGAGCUGUGUGAGCUCAGUUGGCUAGCAUGGAGAGGUUUGGAGGAGAGCAAGAUAAUCUUUUUGGAAGAAGACAUUCCUCAGCAUAUUUUAGAGUUAUCAGUCAAGACAGGACUCUUCUCACAGGUGGAGUUCAGACAUCCUGAUGGAUUUCUCGUCAACGCUUACUGCUUCGUUCAUCUCACAGUGCAGGAGUUUUUGGCUGCACUCAGGAUCAUGACAAGCAGUGAUGUUAGUGAUGCACACCUGAAGAAGAGAUUCAGUCUGAAAACCCGCUGGACGACUAAAUCUGACCAGAAAACGGUGUUCACUGAUUCCCUCUACCUGUACGUAUGCGGUCUGGCUUCGUCAGACUGCAUUCCAGCUCUGGUUCUUGUAGCCAAGGCAGCGGGUUUAAAAGGAGCCCAAAAUUGGGUCGAGAAACGCCAAUCCCUCGUACUAAAUUUAAUGAAAGCUCUGUGUCACAGCGCCACUCUGACUGGACCAAAGAUUUUGCAGCUUUGUCACUGUGUUCAGGAAAGCCAGAACCGACAACUGGCUCAGCAGGUUGUAAGCGUGCGACCCAUCCUGGAGCUGCGAAACAUCUGGCUGGUACCCAGUGAUAUCGAUGCUCUGGCAUUUGUGGUCAAUUCAGCUGUUGACAAUGCUGUUGGUUUGGACUUCGGUGCCUGUUCGAUGGAGCUUGAGUGUUUAGAUGCCCUGUCCAGGUGUCAGUACAUUCAUCACCUCAGUUUUCGCAGUCGCAAGUAUGGUGAUAAGUUUGCAGAGAAACUCUCCUCCGUUCUACCUCGAUUUACAACGCUAAGAAAGCUUGAGUUUUGUGGUGCCAGUCUGACUGCUGCAGGGGCUGCGAGUUUGGCUUCUUGUCUGCAAAACUGUACCAGCAUCAAUGAGCUCAAUUUUAGUGACAACAAUCUGCAAGACGAAGGAAUCAGACACAUUACUGACAUUCUUGCCAAACUACAAAACUUGGCCUCUGUAAAGCUAGGCCGAAACAACACUUCUUUGAAAGCAGCAGAGUGUCUUGUUGAACAUGUCUCUUCUUGUUUGAACUUCCAACAUGUUCAUGCAGAUGGGGUAAAAGAGUUGUCAGUGACCUUUCAUCAAAAAUCUAAUUCAAACAGCCAUAAAAUUAAGCCAGAGUCAACAGUGAGAUUAUUGAAUCAGAAGUGGACAAAGGCUGACAUGCAAAACCUCGGCAAGUCGCUGGCUGGCUGCCCCUCCCUCUCUGUGCUGGAUUUGUCUGGAGGCAAGUGGGAUGAGGAAACUUUAAAAACACUGACUCAGUUUGUGCCAAGGUUCAGCAUCACUGAGAGGAUCAUCUUGAAUGGUAGCUGCUCAUCAGUGCAGUGUGUGGUGGCUGUCACUGCUUUGCUUUCGGACUGUCCUUCUGUGACGGACAUAAACAUCAGACUGCAGGAUCCAGCCCAGGUUUCUGUUGUGUUUUCUGGAGGGAGAGAAAAGACUGCAAAUGUUUUGUCUAAAACUCUGUGCCUCAGCUGCUGUUAUCUUCAGCCCAAUGACCUGGAAAGAGUUUGGAAAAGUUUGGGAACGUCCUCUGGUCUCUCUGAGUUGGACCUGUCUUGCAACAAGUUAGGCGACAAAGGACUAAAGAAGUUGUUAGACUUCCUGUCUCGACUAAACAAAGUCCAACAAGUGAAUUUCAGCGACAAUGGCAUCAGCAUUGAUGGAGUGGCUAUGCUGGCAGAUGCUUUGUCCUCCAGUAACAGAUUAACACACAUUUACAUAAGUGAUGGAGGCAAAGACCAGGUGAUGCUACAGUUCAGCUCUGACAGAAGCCAUGGCAAACUAAAGACAAAGUUGUUCAGAGUUAACAAAAGCUCCCUGACACCAUCUGAUGUAAACAAAGUGUGCAGGAAACUGGUCCAGUGUUGCCUCAGUUUGGAGUUAGAGUUUACUCAGUGCUCAUUUGCUGAGAAAUCUAUCGAAAAUAUGCUGAGAGUGUUGCCAAAGAUGUCAUCGCUGCAGAGACUAAAUGUUAGUUACAGCAUCACGUCCACCACUGAUGCUCUGACACUGAUCAGCUGUUUCCCUGACAACCAUCGAGUCUCAUCAGUGGAGCUCAGUCCACAGGGUGAAUCCUUCAUUCAUUUUGAUGAAGUUAAGGCGGAACAAGUGAACUGCAGGUUAACAGAUUUUUCUUUCAGAGGAGAUAACUUUGUUUUAUUGGACAGACUGCUUGAUAUCCUGCAGCAGGCCCCACAGCUCUCUUAUAUCGAUUUAUCAGGAAACCAGCUGGAAGAUGAGGGAGUGAGACAUUUAUUGGAGUCUCUGCCAAGGCUCAGAGUCAGCAGCUACAUUAAUCUUAGUAAGAACGGACUGAGCCAGAUGGGGCUGUUGGAUGUAGCCAGAACACUGUGUACCUGCACCAAUGUUUCUGCUGUGGAAGUCAGUUUGGGAGAAGAGGAAAGGUGUCUCAUCUGGUUUAGACAAAAAAGAGGAGGUGAAAAAACUCUGAGUGUUAGAGACAGCACGCUGCAGCGAGACCAUCUGCUCAUAUUAGCAACGAUUGUGUCCAAAUGUCUCAGUUUGACCAAUGUGGAAUUGAGGAACAACAUGCUGGAAUCAGAGUGGAUUGAAAGCUUUGUGACAGUUUUAAACUUAAAUCUAAGAGGAUGCGCCAUCAGCAUUGAAGAAUGUUGGAUCGGCGCCGAAGAGGCUGUACAUCUACUGUGUCGGUGUCUGCAGCUCAGCAAACCCGUCCAAACCAUCAGGAUUGACCACACCAAACUACAGCUGGUUCUGAUGAACAGCACUGAAAUGAGCCAAGCCGGUGAUUUUUCACUUCUAGCUCAGUCAGCGGCUAAAAAUAUAAGUUUCUUCAAUAACAGACUGAAUGUGGAUGGAGCUGAAUUACUCUGUUCUCUUCUGCCGUCAUUGCCAAAUCUCACAUCUAUCAGUGUUGGAAUCAAAGACAGUUCUGUCUCUGUGGUUGAGGAGAUCUUGCACGUCAUCCUGAUGUCUACAUCCAUUCAGUGUUUAAACUUGUCGGGGUUUUUUAUGAGUGACGCAGCAGCUCAGACCAUGAUGAAAUUGUUGCCCCGCCUUCGAUCACUCAGCAUGUCGCAUUGCGUGUGGUCAGCAGCUGGAAGGCUGCAGCUUUUCGAAGCACUGAAGAAGUGCUCUGCUUUGGAAGAUCUUUGCCUGGAUGCAGCGAUGCAGCUGAAUGAAGACUGCUGGAGAUGUUUGGUAAAAGCUCUGAGGAAUAUGAAUUCUUUACAGAUUCUUGAGCUGAAUGAAAUCGUAAAACCUUCAGGAGAAUCAGGAGCUGAUGUUGUUCUGGACCUCCUGGCUGGGAUGGAGGAACUCACACAGAUACAGGAGAUAGAGUUGGGUGGGUGGAGGAUGGCAGAUAGAGGCAUACAGAUGCUGACUGGAAUCCUUCCUGCCUGGAAAAACCUCAGGAAGAUCAGUCUCUCCAAGAAUCUUGUGAGUGAUUCUUCAGGAGAGAAGAUGCUGGAGGCUUUGAGGACUUGCAGCCAUCUGGAGGAGCUCCAUCUGUCCAGUAACCUUCUUGGUGACCUCACUGCUGCCAGAAUGGCUCUUGUUCUCCCAUCAAUGUCACACCUCUCUGUGUUAGAUCUUUCAGAAAACAGAAUCGGAAACGAGGGCUUGCUCAGUCUGUCCAAAGCAAUAAUGAACCUAAAGAGCCUUAGAAAGAUCCAGCUGACCUCUGUGGGGGAUUCAGAGCUGGUUGCUGUCGUUGCCAGUUUGCGCCACUGUCCCUUCAUACAGGAUGUGGGCCUUGGGUGGAACAACUGUGGAGACAAUGUGGCGCAGGAGCUGGCUAAAGUUCUACCUUUUUGCCACGAUCUGACUCGCAUUGACCUGGAGUGCAACAGUGUGAGUGCUGCAGGAGUGGAGGCUCUGGUUAAAGCAUUAAGGUCCUGUCCUGCUUUACAAGUUAUCAGGUUGUGGAAGAAUAAAGUCUCCCUGAAUGAAGCUCAGGGGUUCAGCCAGAUGGAGAGGAGGCUGAACUUCUCCUCCACCUAACAUGAUUCAGGAGAAUAAACUGUGCCAAUUGUGUUUCCCUUCAGCACCUACUGAGGUGAAAAGCACCUACACCGUUGCUUCUGGGACAAACUGCUCAACGAGUGUAUUUAUAUUUAAGAAAACAUUGCUGAUGGUUUAUUGAAAAAUGUAGACGUUCAGAUACAGAAAGAGAAUUUAUUUGAGUCUAUUUUUAACUGUGGCUGCUUCAUUUGUCAGCCUCUAGUUUCACAAGAGAAAGCUGGUGCAAUCAGCCAACACUGUGGCUGUUGGUCCAAACUCUGGCAACAAGUUAUUUAACUGUUAGUCACACACACAUCUGUAACACUGACUAAAUUACCUGUGUUACUUUGAUUGUUAAAAAAACACAAAAUGUCUUUUUUUUGUACUUCAACUGAAAUAACAGAAAAAUAUUACAUGAUAUGAAAUGACGUCAGACCAAGUGAUGUGCCACAGAUGUCAGUGUUGUAAUGAGCUCAUUAUUUUUAGACUGUUUCAAUCUCUGAGCACAGUUUUUGUUGUGAAACUAAAAGCCACAUUUUAUGUAUUAGUCAAAGUUAUGGACAGAAAUAAUUUCCUUUGUAUUUCUGCAGGCUCUGAUUGAAUGUGUGGAUUUGCACACAGAGGCCACAUAUGUGAAAAACACAAUAAGUCAAUAAUCUGCCGUAAACAGGGGGGUUCCUCUCUUAAUCACCAUUAAAGGUUGUGGUCUCUGUCAAAAUACGUAUUUAUUUCUUGGUCUUUGAUGGAAAAAAACAAGCAGCUCCAUUUUUAUGUAUAUUUAUGUGUGGUUCUCACUGAGUUUUCACAUAUUGUUCAUCUUGUACUAAUUUCUGUUUUAAGACUUGAUAAAAUGAUGCCAGACUGUUCUGGAAUUUAUGCACCUUAUUAUAUUAUGUUGUCCUUUUUGUCACAGCUACUAGUGGAACAAGGUGUGCUUUUAGGGUUGUUCAUGUAAUGUCGGAUUUUGUUCAUGCUCAGGUUGACAACGCUUCCUCUGUGCUUGGCACUCAGUAAAAUCACUGUCUCCAGUUAUUUCUUCUGUUUUCAUUCCAAGCUGUCUGCUCUUUGUUUCAUUUACCAAUAACGUGUCAGUCUGAUUUUAUCGUAUGCCAUUCCUGUCAUCUUAAAGACGAAAGAUGAAAUUUUGCCUACAACUUAACAAAAUCUAUUUGAAAUUUCAUAUUUUUACUAAUUUAACUGCAUUUGACAAGGUUUUUUUUAUGUGUACUGCUGAACCUGAUGAAUAGGAUCACUCUUAACCUGCCUACAUCUUCAGUUUCUCUGAAGAUCCUUGAUAAUAUUAAAGUUUUUACUGCA